AUUCCACAUUUUGUCAGUAAACAAAUCCUCUAUUAUCCUCUACCAUUCAUUACCUUGCAUUGCAAGCAAUUCCCUUAGCUGAAUUCUCUUAUUCAUCAUGCCAACCCUUGUUCAAUUCUUGAUACUAGUUUUACUAUUGUUCAAUUUUGUGUCAGUUUUAUCCCAAGUUAACCAGUUCUUGUAUGCAGGAUUCAAGGAUGUUGGUCCCAACAAUCUUACCUUGAAUGGUUUUGCAGAGAUAGAGAAAAAUGGGAUGAUAAGAUUAACAAAUCACACAAACAAUGAAAUGGGCCAUGCUUUUUACUCAUUACCUUUUCAGCUAAGGAACUCGACAACUCGUAAAGCUUACUCAUUUUCUUCAUCUUUUGCUCUUGCUGUUGUCCCUGAGUAUCCUAAUAUAGGUGGUCAUGGCAUGGCUUUCACAAUAGCAACUACUAAGGAUCUCGAAGGUUCGCCUCUUCAGUAUCUUGGUCUUUUCAAUUCGAGUAAUGUUGGUAAUUUUUCGAACCAUCUUUUUGCUGUUGAAUUUGACACUGUCUUAGACUUUGGGUUUGAUGAUAUUAAUGAUAACCAUGUUGGUAUAGACAUCAAUGGUUUGAAAUCCAAAGCAUAUGUUACUGCUGGCUAUUAUAUUGAUAAUGAUUCAACCAAACAACAACAUCUUGAUAUCAAAAGUGGGAAACCAAUUCUAGCUUGGGUUGAUUAUGAUUCUUCAAUAAAUCUUGUUAGUGUUACACUUUCUCCAACUUCAACAAAACCAAAAAAACCAACUUUGUCCUUUCAUACCGAUCUAUCGCCUAUUUUUCAUGAUACUAUGUAUGUUGGAUUCUCUGCAUCAACUGGUUUACAGCUUGCUAGCUCUCAUUACAUCUUGGGUUGGAGCUUUAAAAUCAACGGACCGGCACCACCACUUGAUUUGUCUUCACUCCCACAACCUCCUCGACCAAAGAAGAAAAAAACUUCUAUGAUAAUCAGUGUUUCGGUCACAGUUUUUUUUGUUGUAUUGUGUUCAAUAGCAAUUGGUAUUUACAUUUUUAGAAAAAUCAAGAAUGCUGAUGUAAUAGAACCAUGGGAGCUUGAAGUUGGGCCACAUAGAUACUCCUAUCAAGAGCUCAACAAAGCUACAAAAGGUUUCAAGGAGAAAGAGCUACUUGGGCAGGGUGGUUUUGGAAGAGUUUACAAAGGGACAUUGCCAGAUUCAAAUAUUCAAGUAGCUGUUAAGAGAUUUUCACAUGAAUCAAAACAAGGGCUUAGGGAAUUCGUGUCUGAAAUCGCCAGCAUAGGCCGGCUUCGUCACAGGAAUUUAGUUCAGCUACUUGGAUGGUGUCGCUGCAAAGGCGACCUGCUACUUGUGUAUGACUUCAUGGCUAAUGGAAGCUUAGAUAAGUACUUGUUUGAAAACACAGAAAUUGUGUUAAGUUGGGAACAAAGGUUCAAGAUAAUAAAGGGUGUUGCUUCAGGCCUUUUGUAUCUACAUGAAGGCUAUGAGCAAGUUGUAAUACACAGAGAUGUUAAGGCUAGCAAUGUUCUUUUAGACUUUGAACUCAACGGAAGAUUAGGUGAUUUUGGUUUGGCAAGGUUAUAUGAACACGGUGCUAAUCCAGGGACCACAAGAGUGGUGGGAACCUUAGGCUAUUUGGCACCGGAAUUACCUAGAACAGGAAGAGCAUCAACGAGUUCAGACGUUUUUGCAUUUGGUGCACUUCUGCUUGAGGUAGCUUGUGGGAGAAGGCCUAUUGAGCCUAAGGCAUUGCAAGAAGAGUUAGUGUUGGUGGAUUGGGUGUGGGAAAAGUACAAAGAAGGAAGAAUACUUGAAGUAGUGGAUCGUAAAUUGAAUCGAAAUUUUGAUGAAAGUGAGGUAGUGCUUGUGUUGAAAUUAGGAUUGUUAUGUUCAAAUGAUGUUCCUUUUGUUAGACCUAGCAUGAGACAAGUGAUGAGGAUUUUGGAUGGAGAAGUUGAGUUGCCUGAUGAUUUGAGUAAUCCAGGAGUUAUUGAUCCACAACAGGGGUUUGAUGAAUUUUUGCACUCUGCAUAUUCCUCAUUUGAUAUCAUGGAUUCAAGCUCUUAUCUUGAAAAUAGAUAUACAGAUGGUACUUGUUAUAUCUCUUUUGAGAGUUCACCUCAAUCACUUCUCAAUUCUAGAGAGGAAAAAAGGUGACUUAUACGUUAUACUGAUAUGAGAGGUUUUUAUUUUUACAUGUGCAUGAUUCGCCUGUUAUAUACGAUCAAAACAUGAAUUUAAUUUGUAUACAUCGACAAUAAAUUAAAUUGUACAGACGUGGAGUUAAAAAAGGUUGGC